AUCGCCCACGGCCCACACGACGCGCUUCCUCCAUCAAACAGGCACGCAUUUUGCCCGGAUCGCUCGCUUCCGCCGCCGCCGCCGCUGCCAUGGAGAAGGAGAAGAAGCUCUCGUUCUCCAUCUCCUCCUCCAAGCAGCGGCCGCCCAAGCCUCCCUCACGCCCCGCGGCCGCCGCGGACGACGAUGACGCUGGCCCACGGUCCGCGUCCGCCCCUGCCCAGCAGUUCGUCACCGAGUUCGACCCAUCCCAAACCCUAGCCGCCUCCGGCGCGCCGCGCGCCGUCAUCGCGCCGCUCCCCAACUCCGGCAACUUCCUCACCCACCGCCCCCGCAAGCCGUCCUCGCUCCCCACCCCCGAAGAGGAGGCCGCCCUCGCAGCGGAAUCCGGCGGCGGGGGACCCUCGUUCGUGCUCGACACCUCCAACGCCCCCGCCGACCCAUCAUCCAACAUCCCUUACGGCCUUACCCUCCGCAACGGCGCCACCGAGACCGCCGCUGCCAAGGAAUCGGAGAAGGCGUCACCACCGACACCGCCUCCGGCUCCUCCAGCCGCAGCUGAUGCCACCCCGGCCGGCGAUCUCAUGCUGCGGCGGUACAAGGAGGACAUGGCUAGCCUUCCGGACCACCGUGGCAUUGAUGAGUUCAACGAGAUGCCUGUGGAGGGAUUCGGCGCAGCGCUACUGGCUGGAUACGGCUGGACAGAGGGUAAGGGUAUUGGUAGGAACAAUAAGACCGGGGAUACCAAGGUUGUUGAGUACGACCGCCGUGCUGGUACACAGGGGUUAGGCUACAACCCCUCCGAGGUUGACCCUCGCAAGACCCGCUCUGGCGACUGGAUUGUUGGCGAGAAGAAGGCGUCUGAGAAUGGGUCUGCGAAGAAGAGGGACAGAGAUAGUAGAGAUAGGAUGGAUGAUAGUGAUUCUAGCGCCCGGAAGAAGAGAUCAGGUGAGCAAAGGGCUGAGAAGGAGGCCCGUGGAAAGGAGAGGAAUGGACAGGAUAGCCGAGAAGGCACAAGUAAUGGCAAUGAUACUCGUAGCAAGGCCAUCCGGUGGUUACAGAGCCAUAUCAGGGUUCGCGUAGUUAGCGAGAAGUUGAGUAAGAGGCUGUACUUGAUGAAGGGUAAGGUCGUGGAUGUAGUAGGACCAACAACAUGUGACAUUAUGAUGGAUGAUGGAUCACUGGCGCAGGGGGUUGAACAGGAUAUGCUUGAAACUGUACUUCCACGGACAAAUGGGCGAGUUCUCGUGCUCUAUGGGAAGCAGAAGGGUAUGUAUGGGCACCUGGUUGAGAAGAAUUCUGUAGAGGAGAUUGGACUGGUGGAGGAUGCAGAUACAAAAGAUAUAGUGCGAAUUAGAUAUGACCAGAUGGCAGAAUACACUGGAGACCCAGAGCUCCUUGGCUACUGAUUAAUUUCUUUUUGAGCAAAUAUUUGCUUACCAGGAGCUCAUCCACUGUGUUAGGUACAUUUCUUGCUGUUACAUGAAGGUUUCUAACCUUGGAUCAAUUCAACUAUGACCUGCAUGUGAAACAUUUGGAUCAAUUCAACGACCACCUGCAUCUGAAACAUAAUGAAAGAACAACCCUGAAUAUGUACAGUCGAUGCUCCUAUUAUUCCUGCAGCUUAAGGGGAAAGUGGAAAUGAGAUACAUUCCUAUAGCUGAAUUCAAACAACAAUAUCACAUCAAAUUAUUGAGAUGUCAAGUUAGGAUCCUAUUCCUACGUGCUGCUGAGGUAUCGAUUUUACAUCGUUCAUAUAUGCUAAGCAUAUCGAAGGUAUGAAAUUUUGUACUUGUAGCUGUUGCAUUCUUGUGGCCAAAUCUGGAGGCCCAACCUUCUCGUGCGGAAACAGUUUGCGUUCCUCUCUCGGUGCUGGCUGGGCAGAUUUAGUAUCGAACGAAUUAACCGGCCAAAAUGGCCCGACAAACUCCCACGGGCCACGGCCCAUUUUGUGUAGGUUCGAUCGAUCGGUUGCUUCGUUCCUCUGGCUCUCUCGGUGCUGGGUCAGCCGAUGUCGGGGCUCACGCGCCAGCGCCC